AUGACUGUGAAAACACAUUUGGAACUUGUGAUUUUGUAUUUCCUUAUCCUUGCUUGUUUUACCCAUCGAUGCAAGUCUCUUUGUAGGUUCUCAUCAUCAGAGAAUCUUAGGGAUGGUGAGAUCAAAGGGAUGUUUGUGUUUGGAAGCUCUCUGGUGGACAAUGGGAACAACAACUUCUUGGAUACAAAGGCUAAGGCUGACUAUUUGCCUUAUGGAAUAGAUUUUCCUAACGGUUCAUCUGGGAGAUUCACAAAUGGGAAAAAUGUGGUGGACCUUCUUGGUGAACAGCUUAAGCUUCCUUCCUUAAUACCUCCAUUUAUGGACCCAGCAACCAAGGGAAGUAGAAUUGUUGAGGGGGUCAACCAUGCCUCUGGUUCUGCAGGUAUAUUAGAUGAUACCGGUUCAGUUGCGGGCAAUGCGACUAGUAUGAAUCAACAAAUCAAGAAUUUUGAGGAGGUGACCCUGCCAGAUUUAGAAGCUCAGCUGGGGUGCACAAGCAGUGAAUCUCUCCCCAACUACAUAUUUGUCAUUGGAAUUGGGGGGAAUGAUUACGUUUUCAACUAUUUCUUGAGGAAAACCUUCCUCACAGUUGGUCUUGAACGCUUCACUAGCUAUCUCAUAUCCUCUCUAUCUAAGCAACUCGAGAAUUUGUACAAUUUGGGAGCUCGGAAAUUUGUUCUUACAACAGCAUAUCCAAUUGGGUCCAGUCCAAUGGUUAAUUUGAACCAGCCGAACUGCGGUCCCUGCUCACAAGCUUUGAACGUAGCGGCUGCUGUCUACAACAUUCACUUGAAGUCUCUGGUGGAAGACAUAAAGCUUCGAAUGCCUGGUUCCAAUUUUGUUGUUGUCAACACAUAUGACAUUGUAAAGGAUAUCAUUGACAAUCCAACCUCCAAAGGCUUCAGCGACACAACCAAUGCUUGUUGUGAAGUAAAGUCAGCAGAGCAGGGUGGAACUGGAGUUUCAUGUGAAAGAGGUGGCCAAGUGUGUGCAGACAGGAAUUCUCACGUGUACUUUGAUGGCUUACAUCCAUCUGAAGCUGUGAAUAUUCAAAUAGCAACUAAGGCCUAUGCUUCUAAUCUUGGAAGUGAGGUUUAUCCCAUAAAUGUUAAACAACUUGCAGAACUUUAAGCUCCUUAUCUUCAUCUGUGUUGGCUAGUCUAGGUUCCAAGUUCCUGGAUUAGAAACCUAUAGUGGUUCACUACAAUAUAUAGGCUGUGCUUCAG